AUGGCCGACACACACACCUACAAGUUCAACGUCAGCAUGAGCUGCUCCGGCUGCUCCGGCGCCGUCGACAGGGUGCUCAAGAAGCUCGAGGGCGUCGAGUCGUACGAGGUCUCCCUCGAGAGCCAGACCGCCACCGUCGUGGCCAAGGAGGACCUUCCCUACGAGAAGGUGCUCUCGACCAUCGCCAAGACGGGCAAGAAGGUCAACACGGGCGAGGCCGACGGCGUGGCUCAGAGCGUCGAGGUCGCUGCUGCUGCCUGA